AUAAAUGAAAGUGGUCAUGAUUGUAUCUUAGUAUGUUAAUUAGGUCUAAUUUUGUUAUUAGUCUCGGCAUUUAUAAAAAUAUAUCAUUCGUCAAGUUUGAUAUAUAGACCCUUUUCCCAUUAAAGUAAGUUCUAGGAUUCAAUUGAUCAAUUAAAAACAUAAUUUUGCUAAAGAUCACAAGUUUGAAUCCUCUAGCAUACAUUAUCAACCAUUUUCGGACGAGCUUUAACUUUUGGGAUCAAUUGGUUAGUUAACACCAUUGAAAUCACAUAGUCACGUAAUUCUAGCCUCGCAAACAAGUAAACAACAAUAUAACAAUUUGGCUUGCAAUCCAGCUCCAUCUAAGAUGGAGAAAAUGAUUUCCUAAUAUAUAAACAUGAUGAAGUAGAUAGGAACACCUUAACACAGUUCCCUAGAAUGUAAUAACAUUUUAAUCAAAUAAUGAAAGGAAUUGCAUAUCUAGUAAGAGGAGUACUCAUGUGUACAUCAUAAUAGUAUCAAUCUUCCACAAGAGUAGCUAAAUAUGCAAAUAAAAAAAUUUAAAUCUUUAUUUUUCCCCACAAUUCUCAACUCCAAGUAUGAAAUGUUAGGAAAAACAAAAAUCUGAAAAUAAAUCAUUGCUAAGUAUGCGUUGCAUCGUUUUGUGUUCCAAACAUAGAAAUUUUUACAAUAAUAAUUCAGCUCAUGUGGAAUAUGCAUGCACAAUGUAAGCACUAGAUCAAAGUGUUAUAAUGUAAAAGCACAUGCAAGAUUACCAUAAGCUUAAAUCCUCAUCACAUACGACAAAAUGCCCUUUUUAAGUAGCCAAAAGCACUGACAAGAAAAUAUUUUGGAUUUUAUGAAACAAUUAAUCAUUUGUCGUUGUUGCCAGGUGUCGCUAAUAACUUACUACAUUUUUGCUGAAAUGUUGCAAUUCUUAUAAAAUUGGAUAGAUUAUCUAUGCAAAUGGCAUGCUUUGUGGAGGAGUUUUUGAAAUUAAUCAGAAAAUAGGUCAGACUUAAUCUAGAUGGAUGCUACUACAUUUGGCUGGAUACGAGAAAAUUGCGCAUGCGUCAAUCCUGACCAAUAACAUAUUUUUAUUGCAACAACCAACAAUUGGCCUGCUGAAUUGCAGGAUGUCCGAUAAUGAUGGAGCCAACAAAUACUCAGCUUAUAGCGCAUCCGUCUAGAGUUAAUAACAUUGCAAUCGAACCGUUAUCCCAAUAAAUAACUAUUUAAAAUUAGUAUUAAUAAAAAAUAACCUUUUGAUAAUAAAGCAUAUCUUAUACAUGCUUGGCAACUGCAACAUACGAGCACCAUAAUGGAUUGGACUAUAUAUGUGUAUAUGUGUGUGUGAGAGAGAAAUAGAUAGCACCACAUUGGAUGCCCACAUGCGGUUGUCCAAAACGAGUCUCCCCGGCAAGACUAUGACAAUCUUUUUAACUCAGAGCGAUUCUAUAGUAACUCAUGAGAAAAAAUCGCUCAAAAACUUAGAUGACGUCCACCAAUCACUCCGUUUCAUUAAAUAGCAUACUUCACGGUGCAAAUUCAAAGGGAACACCACACACGCUGAGCAGCUUCCUGAGUGAUUUUUUUCGAGUCAUUCAAUCAUUUUCGUAACUGAAAUCCUUCCAAAAAGCACUGCCACCCCAAAACCCACUUCAAUAAAUGCGUACGUGACACCCCCCUUCCCCUCUUCAUUCCUUCUUCUCCUUCUCGUGCAGGCCUUGGAAAUUACUCCAACAAAGCCACCACCACCACCACCACCUCAAUAGAUCUUCUCCCUACCACCUUGACUCUCCGUCCCUCUCUCACCAAAUCCCAUGGCACUCUGCUUUCGCAUCAGGCCCCUCGAAACCAGCCGGUACAACAGCAGAAUCACAUUCUUGCUCAUCACAAGUUGCACGGUAGCCUCGUUAGGAGGUUUUCUCUUUGGCUACAGCAUCGGGAUCUCAGGUGGAAUGGCCACCAAAGAGGCAGAUCUUAGGGAGUUGUCUCCGUGGAUGCAGCUGAGGGUCGAGGAGAAAUCGAAGCACAGCAGCGACUACUGCCGGUCGGGCAGCCACCGGGCGAGGGCUUACACGGCCUCACUGUACGUGGCGGGGACGCUGGGCGCGUUGGUGGCCGCGUGGUUCACGCAUGCAUUCGGUCGACGGCAGGCCAUGGUCGCCGCCGGGGCCUUGGCCUUUGCUGGUUCAAUCCUCGCCGCGACGGGGCCCACCGCGUCGACGCUCGUCGUGGGUCGCCUUCUGCUCUGGUUCGGGGUCGGCGUCGCCAACCAGGUGAUCUCUCUCAUCUGCACGUGGCAGUAG